AUGGCUGACUCUGACAAAUCCCUUCUGGAGUUCCUGGACAGUUCUCAGAUCCAUUGCUUGAAUGAGACUGAGGAUCAUACCCUCAAGAGCGUGCUCCAAAAGACUGGCGUCUACGUCGAGAGCGACGCCGACGAACAGCUGCUCAUGUCUAUCCCCUUCAACCAAACAGUCCGCGUCCGCUCCAUAUCCUUCAAAUGCACCGACGAGUCCAAAGCGCCGAAGAAGAUCAAGCUGCUCGUGAACAGGCAGAGCAUCGACUUCGCGGACGUCGCGGAUGCGGUUGAGCCGGAGGUCGCGCAGGUGCUGGAGCUUACGCCCGAGCAGGUGAAGGAUGGGCGGAAGAUACCGUUGCGGUUUGUGAGGUUUCAGAGUGUUAAUACGCUCAAUAUCUUCGUAGAGUCUAAUCAGGGAGACGAGGAGAGUACGAAGAUCAACUCGAUCGACUUGUUUGGUGUACCAGUAGAAUCAACGAAGGACCUCUCCGGACUACACAAGCAAGACGAAGACUAA